UAGUGCGUGUGUAAUGUGCGUUCACCACACUAGCGCCACUCUAUAGACAUGGAGAGGUGAUUCGAUUUCGCGAACUAAUGCUGGCAGCGCGAAGCAGUCAGUACGUGUGCCAUUCUGCACCGAGAAAUGGAAGCCGACGAGGCGCGUUGGAGUAAUACGAGCGCGAGCACGUUGCUAACGUACGAAGUCGCGUGUGAGGAUGCUGUGACAGCUGUGCACGGGUACGCGUUUUAAAUCUGUUAUGAUUAAGAACGUGUCGAGUAAAGCCGGUCGCCGACCAGCUGCGAAUCCGAGGAAGAGAUCGUUGUAAACGCGCGUGCCGAAAGUUCUGUGAACGUGCGUUUUGGUUUGUUGGUUUGUUACGCCUAGUCGAAAUCGUGUUGCGAGUUUUACCGAGCAAAACGGUGCGUGUACGAACCUCAUUGGAUACAGCUUGACAAGAUGUGGUGUCUCGUUAGUCAAGCUAAUUCCGUCAUCCUCGAGGUACAAGUCGACCCCAAAGCCAUUGGUCAGGAGUGCCUCGAAAAGGUGUGCGACUGCUUGGGCAUUAGCAAGGAAUGCGACUACUUCGGUCUAAAGUAUCAGAACGCGAAGGGCGAAGAGCUGUGGCUGAACCUGAGGAAUCCCAUAGAGAGACAGACAGGCGGCGGUGUAGCGCCUUUAAGAUUCGCGCUGAGGGUUAAGUUUUGGGUACCGCCUCACCUGUUGCUGCAAGAAGCCACCAGGCACCAGUUCUACCUGCACUCUCGUCUGGAGCUGCUCGAGGGUAGAUUAAAAGUGCCGGAUUGGAGUUCCGUGGCACGUUUGAUCGCUUGGAUAGCCCAGGCCGAUACCGGUGAUUACGACGCGUUGUCACCACCGAACACGCUCUACUCGCAAUGCUGUCAAAUUCAACCGGCGGAACCGUGCGAACCAAAGCCUCAAGAUUUCCUGCACAGGAUAAUCCAGCAGCACAAGGAAAUAAAGGGAAUGAAAGCGUCCACCGCGGAAUAUUGGUUGCUGAAAGAGGUAUCGAACUUGGAGACGUUCGGCCAGGAGAUGUUUCACAGUAAAUUCGGCUACAACGGCGUAUCGAUGAUCGGAGUCGGGCCUCACGGUAUCGCGGUUUAUCGUAGUCACAACGAAGAAACGCAAAACAUACCGUACACGGCGAUACAGAGCGCAACGUCCCAACGUCGAAUGUUUCAUUUGGUUUAUCUUUCUCUCGACGGCGAGGAAACGUCGUUGAAUUUCAAAUUAGAUUCGAGUCAAUCCGCCAGCGGACUUUACCGAGCGAUUACCGAGAAGCACGCGUUUUACAGUUGCGAGACGGUCAGGAGCGCGGUUACCGCCCAAUUUAUACGCGAUCUCAAGGGUACCAUAAUCUCGAUAUUCAACGAGGACUCGACGUUAGGAAAGAAAUACGUGUUCGAUAUUCGCAGAACGUGCCGGGAGGUGUACGACAACGCUCGGCGCGCGCUAUACUGCGAGGCUGCGACCGUUAACCUGCCGGAGGAGAAGGAAAUUUUGGGCAAGCACGACUGCGGGGACUGCGAGGAUCCCAAGUGCAAGGAAUCUCGGGAAUGUCUGGCAAGAUUAUUGGACGCAAUGUUGUGCCGCAUUUGCAUGGAUCGUAGUUUAGACACCGCCUUGUUCCCGUGUGGACACGCGGUGGCCUGUUUAGAUUGCGCUAGACGUUGCGAGCGUUGUCCCCUGUGUCGAGCCGACAUCGACAACUGUCGGACCAUAUAUAUUCCGAUCGAGCUAACGCACGUCGAUAAGCACAAUCCGAAAUUGCUCUCGGAAUCCAUCGAACCGAGUUACGGCAACUCCUCCGCGGAAGAGAUGCAGAAGAGGGCGGCAUUGGCAACCGAAACCACCAUAGUGAACGGUAACGAUAUUUGAGAACGGCGCCACGGCAGAUUUGACACUUUUCAAAGAUUCUUCUUUAAAAUCUUUGCUUGCCAGAUCGAGAGAAGGCAUUGAGUUUCUCUCCGUCUCUCUCCCUCUCACCAUCUUCACCUCCUCUCAUCCCCCCCCCCCUCCUGCUCUCCUCAUUCUACCUUUCCUCCUAACUCUGUCUCUAUUCGUACUUUCCAUCUCCGUUUCGCAACCCGACAUACUAUCUUUUUUACCCGUGUUAUAGAUAAUAUUUCAAUCAUCCCUGUAAAUCGUAUCGAACGCAUCGAGUAAUCUCUUGUUCUAUCGUCUUUUCGAAUGCGUUCGUCUUAUCGGUAAGAAGAACGGAGUCAUCGCCUUCUCGGACUUUUUUCUGUCACUGCUUUAUUCGUUUUCGCGGCAAGGAAAAAAAUCGAUCUUUAUUCCUUUUUCUUUCUUGCUCCAUUCCGAAACUUCUUUCUCUUUCCCCCUUCCAUUCUUUUCUUCCGUUUUUUGAACGCCGCAAAAGGUAAACAUUUCAAUGAUUCGUCGAUACUGUGAUGAAGAAACGCGACUUUGUUCGUAAUGUUCACGAUAUUACUGUCGUUUAAACAUUUAUCUACCUAUUUAUAACGAUGUUACGAUGUUAAUAACGAUGUUAUCGAUACCUUUUAAUUGAAUAACGAGGAUAUUAUCACUAUU